AUGCGUAACACUAUCUGCCGUUUGCCCAACGGCCAAAGCUACACGGUGACCCCCGUUUUUGGCGGUGUCAACUUCAAGUCCAAUGACAUGCACUUGAAAGAUUCCAUAAUCCCUCCCGGCUGGACAAUCGUUCUCUAUACCAACCAAAACACUGAUCAGCCGGCGCAGGACUCUGUGCCUCCGGAAGAAGAGCGCGGUCGCUCUCGGUACACACAGGGAGAGGCAGAGGAGAAGACACGCACCACUCGCUUCACCACACCAACAUUGAACGAUGACUGUUUCUACAUUUCGUUUAUCGUCAAUCCGCCCAGUACUGACUUCAAACCUCCCGUCUCUCCGACUCGUCAGAUUGCGAUGAUGAUCUGGGUGAGCCUUUACUGGUACUUCCACGAGCCCGAGCCAGACCUCCACUUGCAGACGGACGCUGCUUCUCAGACACCGCUCACAGGCAAACCGAAGGGAGAAUGGCGCAUCCAUCUCAAGAGAGAGGGGAUCUUCAAGGGACGCAACCUGCUGCAGAAGCUGGAACGCAUGGGGCUCAUUGCAUCGGAGGAAUCUUCCGUGGGGCUUGAGCCGAGCGAGACGCAAGAAUCCGGGGCCUGGUCACGCAUGUUCGUGAGCCGACGCAGCUUCUGGCAGAUUGACCCCCGUAUUUUUGUCUUCACGCUGGUUCCUGCGAACCCACUGCAUUCUGCUCCGUCAUCGCCUUUCAUUUCUCCCAGAUUUGCAUCACCAUCGCGUGAGAGCCCGAUACCAACCGAGUCGCCAGCUUCCCCCACAGGGAAGGACUUUCCACUUCACAUGCCCAACGAGGGCCCGUUUGCUUCUAGCAGCCACCUUCCGACAUACUUUCCGCCGCCACCAACUCAGUACACGUUCACAAACGGACUGCGGCACCCUGUCAGACCGAAGCCGCCCCAUCAGGGAGAGGUGUUCUACAUCCGAUUCAUUCCCAGCGUCGGGCAGUACCUGUCAUUCCGCGUGCCGAUUCUAUCCUCAUCCGCGACGCCAAGCCGGGGCCAUGGUCAUAGUCACUCGACGAGCAGCAUUGAGGUGCCGCCUCAGACAACACCGUCUGACCUAGACCUGCUGCACAAGUGGAUGAAUGACCCGCGCGUGAGUGCAGCUUGGGGAGAGGGAGGUCCAAAAGAAAAACAAGAGAAAUUCCUUCGCAAUAAUCUUACCAGCCGUCAUAGCUUUCCCGUUAUUGGAUGCUGGGACGGCAAGCCGUUUGGGUACUUUGAAAUCUACUGGGUCAAGGAGGAUCGCUUGGGAGCGCUUAUCGGAGGAGCGGACAAUUAUGACCGGGGGAUUCACUUACUGGUGGGAGAACAGGAAUACCGUGGAUCUCACCGGGUUGCCAUCUGGCUCAGUGCAUUGGUCCAUUACUGCUGGCUUGCCGAUCCGCGGACGCAGACAGUCAUGCUGGAGCCACGGGUGGACAAUGAGAAGUAA